AUGGCUGCGCCGACGCCACCUCCGCCGUCGCUGGAGCCGGAGAUCGGCCCCGACGGCCUCGCCCGAGACUCCCCCGUCCUGGCCUACACUGAGAAGGUCAUUGCGGAGGAGCAGCUGCAACUGAAGAAAUAUAUUCAGGAAAAUUAUUCCAAAAUUCGGGAUGUUGAGAAGGAGCUAGAGAAUCUUACUCUAGAAGUUAAACUGACAGCUGGACCAAAGAAAGCAGCACUCGAGCAUUUGAGGAAAAAGAUUGAGAUGUCAACUGAGCGAAUACGUUUGGCUAAGGUGAAAGAGGACGAGGUAAAAAAGGCCUGGGAAGCUGCUGCACAAGUUGUUAAAGAGGAAGAGGAGGCUAAGCAGAGGCUAUGUGACGAUCUGAACCGGUUGGUUCAAGAGAGUGCGGCUUCACAAUAUUCGAGGUUAGAAGAGUUAAAGAAGCGUUUGGAAUGUCUAAAUCCCAUCAGGGCUUCUGUCGAUGUUUCUGGUAUCAACACUGUACAGCAGGCUACCACAAAUUCGGUACCUCAGCAACCCACCUCACAAAAUCUAGCGAAUGCAAUUGCCCCUGCAAGCAAUGUCCACAAGCCCGCCACCAGCGGAUCACAGCAACAAAGACCUGCUGAGGCGGAAAGGAAGCAGAGAUCAUCAAACUCGGGAGGAAGAGGGAGAGGCGGUGUGAUGGUCCUCCCCAAGGGAAGGGGAAGCUCUGGAUCAGGAUGGACAGGUGCUGGGUUUGAGACAUGA